AUUAGAAAAUAUGAUUUAUAUAGAACCUGCAGGAGCUGGGGAGGAUGAUCAAGAUGUAACAUUAUUCAAUAUAAGCGCGAUUUCUGCUGCUACAAAUAAUUUCUCCCCAGAUAAUCAGAUUGGACAAGGAGGUUUCGGUCCUGUUUAUCAGGGUCAAUUUCCAGAUGGACAGAAUAUUGCUGUAAAGAGACUGUCACAGAAUUCAUAUCAAGGGAUCCAAGAAUUUAAGAACGAAGUCACGUUGAUUGCACAACUUCAGCACCGAAACCUUGUUAAGCUUUUGGGAUGCUGCAUUCAAGGAGAAGAAAGAAUGCUAAUCUAUGAGUACAUGCCCAAUAAAAGUGUUGACCAAUUUAUAUUCGAUGAAGCCAGGAAGAUAUUACUGCCUUGGGAAAAGCGCUUUGGCAUUCUUAAGGGAGUUGCCAAGGGAUUAAAUUAUCUUCAUUAUGAGUCCAUAGUGAGGAUAAUCCACAGGGAUCUGAAGGCAAGUAAUGUUUUGCUUGAUAAUGAGAUGAAUCCCAAAAUAUCUGACUUUGGUCUAGCAAGGAUUUUCGAAAAUGAGAGAGAGGAAACUACUAGGAGAGUGAUUGGAACACAUGGUUACAUGUCACCAGAGUAUGUGAUGGAUGGCCAUUAUUCGAUGAAGUCAGAUGUGUACAGUUUUGGUGUUUUAGCAAUAGAGAUUAUAAGUGGCCAAAAGAAUUGGGGUUUCCAUCAUCCGGAUCAUGAGCAUAAUCUUCUUGGGCAUGCAUGGGCAUUGUGGAAUGAGGGACGCGCUUUGGAACUGAUGGAUCCAGUUUUAGAAAAGUCAUCUGAUGAGACUAAAAUUUCUCGAUGCAUCCAAGUUGGCCUGUUGUGUGUCCAGCAUCGGACCGAAGGAAGGCCAACAAUGUCCGAAGUGGUUUCCAUGCUGCAGGACGAGCAUGGAACAUUAGCUGAACCUGGGGAACCUGGAUUCUUUAGAGUAAGGUCUUUCGGGUGGACUGUUCCUGCAUCAUGGGACUUAAACGACAGUGUCAAUGGUUUGACAGUAACAACUUUAACAGGUAGACUAUAAUAUAGAUUGAAGACAGUCUCUAUACAAGGAACGAUAACAGUAACAUCGAUUUCUCCUAAAGAAAGCAGUAAAUCAGCAUAAUACUUGAGAAAAAGUUUUGAAGACAGUUGAUCAUUAGGGAAAAAAAUUUGGCAGGACAUUUUUGCAUCCCGACCACUGGAAAAUAGUCAUUAGUCAGUAAAUUUAGACGAUAUGGAGAAUACUAUAAAGAAUUUAGCAAUAUUCCUUACCAAUUUUUUUUUUUCUUUGGCUUACCUAGUGGUUUAUAGAUGUUUAGAAAACCCAGGUAUGAAUCAGGGGAUAUUAUAGCUUGGAA